AUUUUGACCCGGAAGCAGUUUUGGGUCCUUGCUAAUUCAAUGCUUUAGAUCGAACUUGAUGCUUCAACCAAAAUAAACACACACAUUCUCUUCUCAUUUAGUUUUAACCAGAAAUGACAAGUGCUCAAUGAGGUCUCACGUCAGCGAUGGCUGUAGUGUCGUGGAAGGAGAUCUGUCUUCUGACUGGACUGGUGGUGGGCUGCUACUGGAACAGCCUGUUCUGUGGUUUUGUGUUCGAUGAUGUCUCUGCUAUCUUGGAUAACAAAGACCUUCGUCCCACCACACCAUUGAAGAACCUCUUCCUCAAUGACUUCUGGGGCACGCCUAUGUCAGAGGAAAGGAGUCAUAAAUCCUACCGGCCGCUUACUGUUCUCACUUUCCGCCUCAAUUACCUGUUCAGCGAGUUGAGCUCCUCAUCAUACCACCUCCUCAAUGUGGUUCUCCAUGCCGUGGUGUGUGUCCUCUUCCUCCACUUCUGCCGUCUGCUCUUGGACCGAAGCACCAGCCUCAUAGCGGCUCUGCUGUUUGCUGUCCAUCCCAUCCACACAGAGGCUGUGACCGGUGUCGUCGGCAGGGCUGAGUUGCUGUCCUCCAUUUUCCUGCUGGCUGCUUUCUUGGCAUACACCAAAUCAAAAGGCGCCGAUCACUCUAUAGUGUGGACUCCUAUCAUUUCAACCGUGUUCCUGGUUGCUGUUGCCACGCUAUGCAAGGAGCAGGGAAUAACUGUCAUUGGGAUAUGCUGUAUUUACGAGGUGUUUGUUGCCCAAGGGUUCACUUUGCCAAUGCUGAUUGACACCCUACUUCAGGUGUUGAGAGGAAAAGAUGGUUUUCCCUAUGCUGUUCUCCAGACCCUGCUGAAACUCAUUGUUUUGAUCAUCAGCACACUAUUGCUGGUCAUCGUCAGGGUGCAGGUCAUUCAGUCCCAGUUGCCAGUGUUCACCAGGUUUGAUAAUCCAGCGGCUGUCAGCUCCACACCGACCAGGCAGCUGACCUUCAACUACCUCCUGCCAGUAAACGCCUGGCUUCUGCUCAACCCCUCUGAGCUGUGUUGCGACUGGACAAUGGGCACUAUACCUCUUGUGGAGUCCCUGCUGGACCCUCGCAACCUCGCCACAGUGGUAUUUUACGCCUUGUUGAGCCUCUUGGCUUAUCACAGCCUUUGGUACGGCCACAGCUCUGCAAAGAUCAUCAUGAUGGCACUAUCGCUGAUCGUCCUUCCUUUUAUCCCUGCAUCCAACCUGUUUUUCCCUGUGGGCUUUGUUGUAGCCGAAAGGGUCCUGUAUGUGCCCAGCAUGGGAUUUUGCGUUUUGGUAGCCCAUGGAUUUAAACUCCUGUCCCAAAGAGGAGGCCUAAAGAAAAUGUCUUGGUUGCUCAUGGGAGUUCUUCUAACAACACACGCCGUGAAGACUUUCAACAGAAACUGGGACUGGGAGUCCGAAUACACACUUUUCACAUCUGCACUGAAAGUGAACAGGAACAACGCCAAACUCUGGAACAAUGUCGGACAUGCUUUGGAGAAUCAAAAUAGUUAUGAGAGAGCGUUGAGAUACUUCCUUCAGGCCACAAGAGUGCAACCAGAUGAUAUUGGGGCCCACAUGAACGUUGGGAGAACCUACAAAAACCUAAACAGGUCCAGAGAGGCAGAGGAGGCAUAUCUAAUUGCAAAAUCCCUUAUGCCACAGAUUAUUCCAGGGAAGAAGUAUGCAACCCGUGUGGCCCCCAACCAUCUGAACGUCUACAUUAACCUGGCAAACCUAAUUCGGGCGAAUGACUCCCGCCUGGAGGAAGCUGACCAACUCUAUAGGCAGGCCAUCAGCAUGAGACCGGACUUCAAGCAAGCCUACAUCAGUCGAGGGGAGCUUCUGCUGAAAAUGAACAAGCCCAGUGAAGCGAAGGACGCCUACCUACGAGCGCUGGAGCUGGACCACACCAAUGCAGACCUCUGGUACAAUCUGGCAAUUGUCAAUAUUGAGAUGAAAGACCCUUCAGAGGCUCUGAGAAACUUUAAUCGAGCUCUGGACCUGAAUCCACGGCACAAACUGGCACUCUUCAACUCGGCGCUUCUCAUGCAAGAGUCAGGUGAGGCAAAAUUUCGUCCAGAGGCAAACCGCCGCUUUCUCACCUAUGUGAAAGAAGAGCCAGAUGAUGCUAACGGCUACUUCAACCUGGGCAUGCUGGCAAUGGAUGCUAACGAAAACGAAGAGGCCGAGCGCUGGAUGCGGGAGGCCAUUCGACUGCAACCCGGGUUCCGUAGCGCUUUGUUUAACCUGGCCCUGCUCUACUCUCAGUCGCAACGUGAACUAGAUGCUAUCCCUGUGCUUGAGGAGCUGCUGCGGUAUCACCCGGAGCACGUCAAAGGCCUCAUCCUCAAGGGAGACAUCCUCAUGAACCACCGCAAGGAUACUCGUGGCGCCAAGGCCUGUUUUGAACGCAUAUUGAACAUGGACCCCAGCAACGUGCAGGCCAAGCAUAACCUCUGUGUGGUGUACUUCGAAGAACGGGAGCUCCAGCGUGCUGAAGGGUGUCUGGUGGAAACUCUUGCCAUGGCCCCGCACGAAGAGUACAUCCGGCGGCACCUCGCCAUCGUACGCAACAAAAUGGCCGCCAUGAGCGCCGCGGGCCAGCCGAUUGCACCGACAGAGGGUGGUAGUGCAUCAGACAAGCAGCAAGAACAACAACAACAACAGGACAAACAGGAGGAGGAGGAGGAAGGGCGGGGAGUUGCCUCGGGAGCAGGGGAGGGGGCCAGGAAAGAGAAGAAUUUCAGGAAAUCCUCCCCCAAAGAAAGCGUCAGCAGCCAGGGCCAUGGCCAAUCAAAGAAGCUGGAAGCGGGCCAGCCUGACAAGCGGACUAAGAGCAAAUCCACAAAAGAGAUUAAAGAUAUAGAAAAGAAAAGGGCGGCUGCCUUGAAGAGACUGGAGGAGAUUGAACGCAUAUUAAGCAGCGAUUAACCUUGUUUAUCAACCACCACGCUAUUUUUAUAUAUAACUAUUUAAAGUGCAAGAAUGAGACUCUUCAGUUUAUUUUUUUUUUUUUUUUAAAAGGAGACCUUGAUUAUGCAUGUUUUGUGGGGCUUUUGUUUGAUUGUUUUGUGUCUUUUAUAUAUUGUGUGGUAUACCUCCUUUUCCCACAGCUUUAAUUAUGUAAAGCUGUUUGGCUGAAAAGGGGAACUAGGUGUGCACUCACAACAUGCGCUGAAAAAGCACAAAAUUAGGUACUUUUUUUUUUAAAAAAACGUAUCCCUACUAAAAAAAACUGUAUUUUACCAUAUCAUUUAUUUAUGAUUGUCUUUAUUUGAGUCACUGGAUUAGUUUUUGUCACUUUAGUGUUUUAAUUUACCUUACCACUGGCAAGUAUUACUCCUAAUCACAAAUAAAAUGUUUGUAAUAUC